CUGGCUACGUUCAGUUCAGUGUAGGCCGCGCCGCCGAUGUAUGCAGUGGUGUGACGCGCGCUCUUCAUACUAAAAACUCGUUGCAAUCAUAAAAAUAUCAACAUUAUACCUGUGUUGUACGUUCAAAACAAUCGAUUUGUUCACCGAAACGUUAAAAAACAAGCUUAAUUUACUUCAGGAGGUUUUGUUUUUGGUUAUUUUACGUUUUUUAAUGGUUUUAUUUUCGCCGGGUAAACGCCGGGUGUCCGAAAUUCUGUGUGUAUGUUAACGUGUACUUAGUUCUUCAGUGACAGUUGAGACUGAGAGGAAAUCUCGUUGUUUUCGUGUGUUUUUUUUGUUUAUUUUGUUUGUUGUUUUGUUAUAUAUCUUCUGGUUUACUCGCCUACCGGCGUUUGAGGUCGCCACGUGUGUUAUCGAUUUCCGCUUCGUCAUAAGAUUUUCGGCUCGAGAAUAUUAAGAUAAACUGUUGGGAUUGAUUGGGAGCCGUUGACUUGUGUUGAAACAAAGGUUUACAUUGUCGGAAGGUGAACGAUCUUCAUUCGACUCGCUACAGAACUGAAGUUACGAGAAAGACGGCGCGCUGGCCGCCAAACAUGUAUUAGAUAUCGCUCCAACGAUAUCGAAACGUAAGUAUCGAGACUGGAAUCAAUAUAUGAAGAGGGAAUACAAUGUUUACUGUAGACUCGUCUUUUAGCAGUAAAUAUGGAUGCCGGUUUCCUGAAGAUGGCCUCACGCACCCCGUCCCUUGAGUCGCUGCCCGGUGCCAACUCAAUAGGUUCGCUGGAGCGUGGCUCCUUAUCGCCCCUGACUCUCAGUGGAUCCUCGCCCCCAGCGAGUGACUCCGCCGUAUGUGACCUCCGCGAGUUCGACGGCCUCGACACCACCUGUGCUAUUUGCCGAGAAACAUUCGUCGACCCCAAAGUACUCAACUGCUUCCACACAUUCUGCCGGGGUUGCCUGGAGAGGGAACAAACGCACCCCGAUAAAGUCACCUGCGUCACUUGCCGCGUAGACAGCCAGCUACCAACAGCCGGCGUACCUGGGCUACUCACCAAUCUUGUUAUAGCUGCGGCUGUAGAGCAGGACGCCGAUCUUCUGCCUACUGCUCGCCAGACCAACUCACCUUCAGCCCGCUGCACCGGCUGCAAGUCCAAGGAAUCAGACGCCGUAGCGCGUUGCGUUGAUUGCGCUAACUUCCUCUGCCCAAAUUGCGUAAUGGCGCACCAAUUCAUGCAUUGCUUUGAAGGUCACCGUGUCCUAGCGUUCACGGACCUGAAAGAUGACAAGGGUAUGCUCGGAUCUACCCUAACAGCGAGCGGCGACAAAACCGCAUUUUGCCCGAGACACAAAAAUGAUAUUUUAAAAUACUUCUGCCGCACUUGCUCCGUGCCAGUUUGCAAGGAAUGUACGAUUAUUGAACACCCGGCUGCUUUGCAUGACUGUGAGCACUUAUCUGACGCUGGGCCCAAACAAUUGGAACUGAUGCAAACGGCUGUAAAUGAAGCCAAGACUCGAGCCACUGAAAUUAGGCACGUAGUCAAAACUGUUGAACAUGCUGCUGGUAAAUUACAAGUUCAGUACCACAAAGCUCAAAAUGAAAUUAACGAUACGUUCCAAUUCUACCGCUCUAUGCUCGAGGAGCGUAAGCAAGAACUACUGAAAGAACUCGAAAGCGUAUUUUCCACGAAACAAAUUGCUCUCACAGUAGUCGGACAGAAAGCUCAAGAGACUGUUGAUAAGAUAUACCAGACGUGCGACUUCGUUGAGCGAUUGACAAAAUGCGCUAAUAUUGCUGAGAUACUUAUGUUCAGAAAAUUGUUAGACACGAAGUUGCAAUCUCUAAUGAGUUCUAAUCCGGAACAGAGCGUACAGACAGCUUGUGAACUUGAAUUUGUCUCGAACUACCAAGCCAUACAAGUUGGCGUAAGAAACACUUUUGGAUACGUACGCUCUAGCUCAGAGGCGAAUGUUGGCCCUACUAAACAACCACCUAUUGCUCGCCCUACCAACGGCAACUUAUUGAACGGCGGGUCAUCAUCCAGCAGCAGCAGCGUCAAUGGAAGUUCAGGUAGCCUGAACGGUGGAAUCCACCUACCCACUGGCUUAAACGGGGUGCUCGAUCGCCCGUAUACAAAUGGACUACUUGGGCCUACAAGCCAAUCCACGUCACCUUUCGAGUCCAACAUCAUUUCGAAACGAUUCAAUAGUGCCAACAGUCUAGGUCCGUUCUCAUCUGCUAUCGGAGAUAUAAACUUGAAUGGCAUCAACCCUUACGAGAAGUGGUCAAACGGCGGUUGCGACUCGCUGUUCCCUCCGACGACGGCUGACCCAUACUCGCUAACAUCUUCAUCUCACGCUGAUCCUAUUUUAGACUUGACAAACAAGCUAAUAUCUACUGCCAUUUUCCCGCCGAAAUCUCAAAUCAAACGACAAAAGAUGAUCUAUCACUGCAAAUUCGGAGAGUUUGGUGUGAUGGAAGGUCAAUUUACUGAGCCAAGCGGAGUAGCUGUCAAUGCUCAAAACGACAUAAUAGUUGCUGACACCAACAAUCAUCGCAUACAGAUUUUCGACAAGGAGGGACGCUUCAAAUUCCAAUUUGGUGAAUGUGGCAAACGGGACGGCCAACUGCUGUACCCGAAUAGAGUAGCCGUUGUCCGUACUUCAGGCGACAUAAUUGUAACUGAAAGAUCACCAACUCAUCAAAUUCAGAUUUAUAACCAAUACGGCCAAUUUGUGCGCAAAUUCGGUGCUAACAUCCUUCAGCAUCCCCGCGGCGUUACGGUGGACAACAAGGGCCGCAUUGUCGUUGUCGAAUGCAAAGUAAUGCGCGUAAUCAUCUUCGACCAGAUUGGCAACGUGCUACAGAAAUUCGGCUGCUCUAAACAUUUAGAAUUCCCCAAUGGAGUAGUUGUCAACGACAAGCAAGAGAUCUUCAUCAGUGACAACCGCGCACACUGCGUCAAAGUAUUCAAUUACGAAGGAAUUUACUUGCGUCAAAUCGGCGGCGAGGGUGUAACUAACUACCCCAUUGGUGUUGGCAUUAACGCAGCUGGCGAAAUUUUGAUCGCUGACAACCACAACAACUUCAAUCUGACGAUAUUCACGCAGGACGGGCAGCUGGUAUCGGCGCUAGAGAGCAAAGUGAAACAUGCUCAAUGCUUCGACGUGGCGCUCAUGGACGACGGGUCCGUGGUCCUCGCCAGCAAAGACUACCGGCUUUACAUCUAUCGCUACGUGCAAGUGCCGCCCAUAGGCAUGUGAGUAGCACGCUCUGAUCACAGGAGAUCCGAAUGACCGAUGAACUAUAGAGCAAAAAUCGACACCCAGAGACGUAAAUAUUAUUAUUAUUAAUCGACGUAAGGACUUACUGUUCUAGCGAAGCGAGUGUCAAUUUUUGUAGUUCAAGUGACGAUUUGUGAACGGAACUUGCUAAAAGUGUGCAAGUGGUGCAACCAUGUGGCUGUCUCGAUGUGAUCAUACCGGCUUGCGAUGGGUAUUCUCUACAAUAUUCGGCAUAAGAUCUCUUUAUGAAUUAUUUCUAAACGAAACUGUAAUGAGAUUAGUUAUAGUAUUGACAUUGUUAUUCGAGUACCUAUUGAUUGAUGGUUAGAGAUUAAAUUCCGUUGGAUCGAUCCGAAAUUUCGCGCGAACGGUGUUCUCGAAUCCUUAUCAUUUUUUGAUCUAUUGAAUAAUAUUUUUUCAUAUCCCACAUCGUUAAAUUAGGGAUGAAUAUUAAGGGCAUUUGUAUUAUUUAGCCCAUUUGUUGGACCAAUAUUUUAACUAUUAUUACUUAACAAAUUGUUAGGCGUUAAGCGUGUGAUUUUAUCGUAAAUAAGAGAGCAUCGAGCGGUAUUGUUGUUAGUUUUAAGAUUAUUUCUACGGCACAAUAGCACUUCCUGUUUUUAAUUAGCACUUAUUCUGUGUCGAUGGAAACUAUGGAUUAUUAAAAAAAAAACUAAGUAAGGAGUUGUUACAUUAUUAAUUAGGUAAGUGUUAAAUUGAUUGAGCUGAAAUGGACAAUCUUUGGUUACUACCCCACUUAACGUAGUUACUAAAUUUUAGGGAAAUAAUGAUGUUAGGGGUUUUAUCAAUGACAAAGUUGACUGCGGCGUUUGGAUUUUAGUAAAACAAUGACUUUUAACCUCUACUGAAUAUAAUACUAUUUCUUUUAUACGUAAUAGUAACAUCACAAAGUGGCGAUCAAGAAUGUUUUAUAGUCCUCAAUGAGUUGGAAAAUGUUUUGCAUUCUAUCUACGUACUAGUAUGCCCUCAGUUGAGAAUUUAUAAAGCAUUUUAGAUAGUGAAAGAUUGUAAGUUUAUCUCUCGUUGUAUAUCGGAGGGCAGUACUUCAGCAGUAACUUAUCGAUACCGCCUAGUCGCUGAGAGCCCGCGGACCUUAGUCUUCUGAUGUUGUUUUAGUAACAUUUGGUUGAUAUUGUUCGUUUUUAUGCAUUGAUUGUAGUAACUAUUAGAGCACUUAGGAAAUGGUCGUUUCGCUAGCAUCUUUUUUUAAUUUUUUGAGAUUUUUAGCAGUUUUAAAUCGGAGCGCAUGCGUUUCUACUUUCUGGGAGUAUUAUAAACAGCUCGGUAUACAAAAUAAUUAUACAAUUUGUUAUUCUGGUAAGAUAUUUUUUUAUAUGGAAACAACUUUAUUUUUGUAGUGUUUAGUAUAACGGUGCAUGUGUAACGUAUACUUUUCUUGUGUAUUUUAUGAAUAUUGCGCUAUUAUUAUUAUUUUUUUAAUUCAUUACCGUGUGUUUGAGUGUGUUAGCAGAAUUAUUUUAGUUUGAUUUUCAUUAGAACUUUUUGGUUUUCUUAGCAAAUAAUGUUUUUUUAGUAUUUUUUUCGCUGAAUCUAUGACAAUAGAGAGAUCUGAUCCGGCAUUGGGUCGGUAUCUUGAAGAUCUGUUAGUUUUAGGUUGCGCGUUUCCAUUUUGGUGAUAUAUCUUAAAUAAAUUAAAAUGUUUGAAGAUGCGUCGGCAGACGUCGCGUGCGCACCGUGGCGACCUGUAUAUCGUGUGCCAUAAGAUCAUGUUGUGAUUUAAUAAGUGAUAUUUAGUAUUGUUUGUAAAUAUGUACCAUACUUUCAUAUAAAUCUAAUCGUAAGGGUAUCUGAUCGAAUUACUUAUGAUUGUUUCAUCUUUAUACUUGUAGUGCAAGUUAUCGUAACGUUAUACUGCAAAUUUUACACUUUUUAAUUUAAUACUUAAAUAAAAUAAUUAUAAUAUUUAUUUACCACCGAUUACCUACCUUAUAAUAAGUAAGUUUUGGCAAUCUUUUAUACAAUAUCGUUUUAAUGAUAACUGCUCAAUAUAUGAUUAAAAAAAAAAACAAACUCAUUGCCAAAUGUAAAAAUACAAAUGGCUGACAGAACGGCGACAGCUUUAGUGUAUAAUAUCGAUCUUCGAAUUUAUGAUUACCAUACUUGCACUAAAAGUUGAACGUUUUGGGAACAACUGAUUUCUUCUCACAUUGUUUUCUGUAUUUUGCCUACCACCGUGCACACGCAACCGUCGCCUCGACGCAUCUUCGAUCAAAUAGUUAAUGAGCACUGGAUUAGUUGAAACACGUCACGCGUCUUAGUGUCCAAAUUUCAGUGAUUAUUCACCAAUGAUUUUAUUAUAGACUGCCCUGUUCCUAUCUCCUAAGACGAUGUGAUCGAUAGAUUUCACUUAAUCCACUGACAAGUGAACAUUGAUUGUAAGUCGACUAUUGACCGCAAGUCUGCCUUACCUCAGUUCACUUUGACGAAUUCUUCGACUUAUCGAUUUUAUUCACCAAUGAUUUUUAUUUAAUGAUUCGUCCUUAUGAACUGAGGUCACGCUAGAAAUUCGGUAAACCGUUAUUUUAGACUUAAAUGUUCGGAUUUCUUUGUGAAAAUUAUGUCAUAUUAUCAACGUAAUAUUGUUGUAAUUUUCACUAAAGAAAUUCAGUUUUUGGUAACAACAUACGCUUCUACUUAAUUGAGAUCAUUUCAUCGUAUUAUAUUUAUAUUAAGUAUAGUAUAGUGUAUCGAAAUUUUAUUAAAUAAGAUUUGCAAAUUAUGACAACUUCACGUUUACGCCUAGAAAGCUGUGUAAUCCCGAUUUUAUUUUUUUAGUUUUUUUGUCGACCGGUAGUUACUCUUUAUUUUUUAACCAGUAAAUGGUAAUUUAAGUUUCAGUUAUAAUUAUUAUUACAAACUUAAUUCACAUUAAUUUUUUGUGUUUUUGCAUAAUAAUGUUAGUGAAAAAAGAAAUGAUUUUUCUGUACUAGAAACAUUAUCAUUCUUAAAAAUUGCAUUUCUAAAGCUCGAGGACUGAAUUGAAACAUGUUUUGUCUUUAAAUAUAUUUUGUCGAUGUUUGUUGUUAUAAUUAUAUUUUUUUAAUUAUUUGUAUAAACAAUUGUUCUUUAAAUUAAUGUACAUCGUUUUGUUUUGAAUUAUUUUUGUUGUAAUUGCUUUUUAUAAUAAUACCAGUUCAUUGCAGUUUAGAUGUGUGUUUUAUUUUUAUUUUCUUUUUUUUUACCAAAGUAGUGCUUCUGUAGUUUUCACCUGCUAAGUUGUGACUAUUUUAAUCUAAUUAAUUUAGUUACAACUUACAAUGCAUGUUUGUGCUAAUGAAUCUGCUUUUAUACGUACACAGUAUACAAAAAGGUACCAGUUUUUGAAGAUAGUUGUAAAUACACAUUUUUUUAUCAAGGAUCGCAAGAUUAUUGCUUAAAAUUUGACAGAUUACCACUACUUAAAUUACAUUAAUAAAAUUGAUCCGAAGUAUGUUUCAAACCUACUACUUACUCUAUUCUACUAGAUUACUCCUUUAUCAAAGGCACAGAGUUGACAAAAUAAAUAUACAAACUUAUUCAAUUUUAAAACUCGUCAAGUAAUCUUGAACUGGAAACCGAAAUUCUAAUAUUAUAGACAAUAUUUUACUUAAUAAAGUAAUGUUUAAUCUUUACUACACUUUUCCCACUUUUACCAAGAUUCAAUUUUAUAAUUUCCUGUUUACAGAUUUACUUAGUUUUUUUUUUAAAUAUAAAUAUUACAUUUACUAAAUACACAUAGAUUCUUUAGCACAAAUAUCCCGGUGGUAGUAUCCUGUGUUACCCAGUGUGUGCAUUUUUGACUAGACUUAGAACAGUUGGUGUCAGGGAACAAAAGGCAUGAGUAUCGUAAGUAUUUUUGCUUUAGUUUUAAGCGCAAAAAAUAUAAAAGGUUACUCUAAUUUUGGCACUUAAAAAAACUUUCAAAACUUGCAAACGCCUCAAAAUAUUACCUAUGUUGAUUUUGAUUCCUACAGAUGUUUUUAAUUAUAAAAAAAUCUUGUACGAAAUCAAAUUUCAAAAAGUUACAUUUCAAAUUGAAAAAUUGGAGUAAUACCGAGCAAUUGACACAAACACAUGAAUAUCGUAUAAAAUUAUUUUGGUUUCAGGAUUAAUGAUUGUAGGUAUAUAUGUGUAAAGAUCAUUUCACGAAAAGCUCAUCAAAAUCAAUAGUUUACUCAGUGCAAACGAGACUGUUUUGUGGCUAAUACUAUUGGCAUAAAUAAUAUCAUAAAAUUCGACACAAACUAUUCAAAACUGCAGAAUUGGUCCUGGUCCAAUUUUUCAAUCAGUCGGUCGGACAAAAAUUGCAUAUAAUUAAAAACAAUUUUUAAAUACAUAAUAAUAGACUCUGUUUCAAUUAAAUUCAAUUAAUCCUCUCUACCGAGCUUUUACCGCUUAAUGCAACGACACAGCCAUCCAGCAACACAAUAAUAUUUUGUAUGAAAUAACAAAAGUAUCCAAUUUUUGUCGAAACGACUGGUUUACGAAACUCCAUAAUUCCAUGAACACUGCUUACCAUCAGAAGACAAAAACAUCACAAUAAAACGCUUCUCAGUGAAUUAGGCGGUACAUUUCCCAGCACUAAAUAUCUACAUAAAAAAUACAUAUUCUUAUGAAUGUAGGCUAUAAAUCUUCGUGUGUAAGUACUAUUUGUAUUCUAAUGUAAGAACCUAAUAUCCCAAGUAAGCUUUACUUUUCUACGAAAACGUAGCUAUUAAUAUCCGUUUUAGGAAUCCUUGGAUACAGUUCCCGUCAACAGCACUGCUUCAAAAGAGCGCUACCAAACAACCAAUAUUUCAAAGUCAAUUACUCUAGGGAACAUUUUACUACUAACUUAGCACCUACUAGUUACGUAAGCGCGAGCUAGGCUUACAAGAUCGUUUAUAAUUUUAUACUCAGCAGUUUUUCUUAAGAUUAAAAUUAAGAUCGAAAUGACUUCAUUCCUCUUUGGUUCACAUUUACAUCAACGUAAAUUCUAAAGUACUCUCAUUCGAUUCGCCAUUAGGUAUCGAGAAUAAGUAAAUCGGUUGCUGCUGCUCCCUUCAACUCUUAAAUCAUUAAUUCAAGCAUGUCAUUGUUAGAAUUGAGGUGAAGAAGACUUGAUCAUUGAUGAAAUUUCAAGCUUUCAGCCACUCAUCGUUCCCUUAUUUGAUUUAAUUGCCGUUCUAACACCAUUAUCGCCAGGAAGUGCGUCGAGCAAAAAUGUAAAUACUUUUAGAAUAAUGAUGUUGGUAGUAUUACUAACUAGGUAUAAGGAAAGCCGGGAUCUGAACAAGAUGUGACGUCGCGACGUGGGUUUUUAGAGAGAGGGUACGUAGUGUGAGAGAGUAUUUUUAUAAAACGAAAUUAACAAUCAAAAUAUUUGUAGUGUGUUAUUUAGGUAUGACGUUUGUUGAGAAAGUCGGACGAUUCGAGGCAGGUAGCACAUUGUUGACAGAAAAAAGAAAUAAUGGAACGAUAUCCGAAUUCGACAGGAUAUAAUAAGGGUUUUACAAUAACCAUAUCGAUAGUGUAUUUUACUCUUAAUGAUUGUUUGAAAUCGAUAAUUUUGUGUCAGUUAAGAUUCACCUGUUAAUGUAUUCAUCAAGGUAGAUAUAAUGUAUCGAUGUUAGCUUAUCAUAUUGUAUGUGGUUAACAAUUUGGUCACUUAUUACAUUUACUUGGUAGUGCGUCGUUAAAUUUGAUAAGUUCGUUGAGCCAUGCGAAGUUGUACAUACAAUAGCCGCUUUCGCAUCCAGUCGACUCUGGUGGCACGACGUACCACGCAACUAUUGCUCAGGAAUUGUAUUCGUUUUCAUAUACAUUCGAAGUUUUUUUCUACCGUCGCUUCUAUAUGUAUUUAAGCGAUGUUGCAUUGUUAAGAAUACGCUAAAAUGAGAAGUAUAAUUUUAGUGAAUUGCACAGAACGUUGGUGUUUCACUUAAUUUUUGAUGUAUUUUUUCUUGAAAGAGAAUUGUAUUCAAUGAUUUUACUGUAUUCACGACUGAUGUUGAGUUUGAUGAUGAAUGUAAAUUCGUUGAUGUGUUUUGACGGAACUGAGAGCCUCAGGUUGCCGCGUGAUGUUAUGGGCCGCUGUUGCUUGACAGAUUGUAUGCACUGCUUCCGUCAGAACACGUUGUCUCAAAAAUUGUGAUUGUAAGUUAAGGUGAUUAACAAAGCACAUAUUAGCACAAACCAUCCAUCCUCGAGAAGUACUAUGCUGAAUGUUUUUAAAAAUUAACUCACGUUUGAAUUUAUGAUACAUUUUAUUGUAAAAAUUAAAUGCAAAAUAUUUUACUAUCGCUUAAGUUAGUUGAGACGUUCGCAUAUAAUAGUGUUUAUUUUCACAAAGGUGAGGAUUUUUUUAGUGACGAAGUUUUGGACUUCUUGAAAUGUUUUUAUAUGAUAUUGAUUCUACUUUUAAAUAAUGACACGUAGGUUAAUGUGAUUGUGUAUUGUCGUAACGUUUUCUUUGCUCCUUAUGUACCAUAGCGAUCGGUGUUGCUACUUUCAGUAGAGAGCGUACUGUAUUGAAACGCUCCCUUCAUCUCGCUCUAGCUUUCACAUAUUCCUGUUGUCAGACAGAGAUGAAGCGAAUACAGUACCGAUUUCAGUUUCUUCAUCAUGUGUAGGUAAUUUUUAAUCUAAGGUGUGUGAUUUUUAGUUAUAAAUAUUUUUUACAUAGUGGAAAGAUUCCAAAUCAUAGGAAAAGUUGGUAGCAAAUGACAUAUCAAGUAAUGUUUUUAAUUAUAUGGAUGCGCAGGAGUCGGGACGGUUAGUGAUGGGUAGAUGGCGAUGUUUAUAUAUUGGCACUGUUUCUAAAUUGACAAUACUGACGGAUUAUGUAUUCGAAUGUUGAUCAAAUGAUAUAUUUAAUAGAGAAAUGUUAACGAAACGCGACAUAUCGUCCACAAAGUGGUGACGUAGAGCAAAUUGAUAGAACAAUGAAGGAAUGGUUUCAGAUUGUCGCUGGCAAAGAAAGUUUAGGUUGGAACGAAGCAAAGUAACAUUUGGAAUCUUUCUUAACGAUGCUAGUCGCCAAAGAAAUUGCUUUUAGGUAAUUAAAUGUUAUCAUAAUAUGUGUAUGCACGUAAGUUUAUAAACCUAUAUUAAUUAUACGAAGCUUGAAUUGUCCACACACAAUCGAUUUUACACACUAAAUGCCAUCCUGCCAGUUGUAAGGAGAACACAAUGCUUAUGAUGAACUAAAUUAAAAUUAUAUCCUAUAUAGCGAGUACGAGUAGUUGUGUAUUUUUAGAUAUCGCAUUGUCUAUGUUAGUUUAGUGUGUAAGGCACAUCGUGAGCUUUGAAUCAGCGUAAGUCUGUCACCAAUAUUUUUUACGAUACGAGACGUAGUAAUGUUAAUGUAAUGUUUCAAGCCGUGCUUUCUUCGGUUAGUAUACCACUUGUAGAUUUGUAAGGUAUCGUGACCCUCGUCACUGACUCAGUGCUACAGCUUCAGCUAACAGCACCCUUUCGUUUGGACUCGGACACGCCACAGCUUCGAACACGGAACCGUGGACGCAAUACUCACGUGCACGGGUGUAUAUAAGGCCGUUAUUAGAUAUAAAAACGUCAUCAUUAAAAAAAAAACAUAAAUAUAAUUCAGUAAUCUAACUUUAUAAUCUACUGAAACACCAUAAUGCGCCGUGGCCUUAAAUUUGAAGGAAUGUGUUAAACAUUUGAUAAAAUUGAAAAAAAAAACAUUUGGGAAUUUUUGUACAGACAAUGAUCCUCUGUGUUUCACAUGUUCAGUCAUUUAUCAUAAACUGUUUUUUAAUAUAAGUGCUAAUAUAUCUUAUUGACGUGUAUGGUAACCCUAUAGGUUAGAUAUUUAACAGUAGACACUACGUAGGAACGCUUUACUUCGUCCUAAUGAUUGUUGAUUUCAAUAUGUACUUUCAUUCUUGCAUAUCCACAUUUUAAUGAAGAUUUGUAAUUGUUACCUACGCAUUAGUUACUUUGAGACUGUUCAAAAUGUACUAUCAAGAAUUUUUCACUAAGGGAAAGGGAUGUUCUAGCAGAUAUUUUUGAUACUUUGAUGAUCGAAGGGAAACGUUGGUAGUGUAGGGUUUGGGAGUGCGCGGGGCGAGGCCGGGCCCUGUGAGGCAGCCUCUCGCGACCGCGGCGAGGAUCUUAUUAACUCCCGCAUCUUCGUGAGCGCGAAUAUUAAAUGUUACUGUAAACGAAAAAAAAAACAAUGUUGUUCUUAUAUGAAAACGCGAUGGUUUUCGCUGAUGACUUGUUGUUUUUCAUAUAUUCAAUAAUAUUUCCUUUAUUUUUUGUACUCUUUAGUAUUAAGAAUUAAUAUUAAAAUAAACUAUUCAAUGUUGAUUACUCUAAAAUACCAAUAACUUAUGAAUUAAGGAAUGUGUGACAUAGUUUCCCCGAGAGCCUUACUAGUUGAGACACCUUUUCCUUAGACGUAUACCUUGAAACUGUACUCUUAACUGUUGGUUAUAUAUGAUGUGAAUGGCACUUGUUAACAUCUCUUAAUGUUACUCGUCUGCUACUAUCCAAACUUUUACAUCCCCUAAUCUACCUUCCACUAAGCUACAGAGUAAGAAAUCACCGCAAAAUUCCGAUGUUAGAUCAGGCCUAGGAACUUAAAUAUAAGAGUUCAUCAUUCUUAGUUAGAUGGUAUGACUCAAUUUUAAGACUGAUGACAGAAAAAGAAAAAAAAAAACAAAAAAAAAUAUUAAAAAUCCUGGAUAACUGUUUCUUAUUUUAGGUAGACCUUCUAAGUUUCGCUUCUAUUCGGUGUUAGUUGGCGAAACUGUAGGAUAGUGUAAUAGAACUUUGAUAGCCAAAUUUUAGUAAAAACGGUGUAACAUGUUUCGCCAACUGAAGCCAGUGAUGUCACAUUAUCGAUCGAUAUUCGUCUUCUGUCGAUACUUUUCUAUGUCUUCUAUCUUUAAAGACGAUGAUAAAAGUCGAUAAAUGAUCGGGUUCGAUAAAAACCAUGGUAAUGUUAACUUCAUUAAUGUUGACGUUACAUUUGAAAUUGAUGGAAAAAACAUAAUGAAAAAAAAAUUGAAAAUACUAUUUGUUGCCAAAGUGUUGUUAGGAAUAAACAUGUAGUUAUAAAAAUCGGUUGUCACAUGCAUAAUUAAGUUGUUCUUGGGUGGUUUGAAAUUAAGGAGAGAAGUUGAAAAAUAUUUCCAAUGAUAUAUUUUUUCAUAAUGAACUUGAAUGCUAAUCGAUACUUAAGGUUUAUAUCUGUGUAGGAAUUUAAACUUAACGUGUGGUAAUAAAAAUGUAUCGUUGCCAUGAUUUGUACUGUGUUUUGUAGAAAACAUCAAUUAUAUUCAAUUAUGUGUAUACUCUGGUAAAUCGUAUUAAUUAUUUGAGAUCAUGAGGAUAUUGUAUUCAAAUCGAUGAUCAAGAUUGCGUCACUCGAUACACAGUGAAAUCAUGGAAAAUGAUUUAGUUGUUUAGUGUUCAUGUUACAUUAGAUUGUAUUCGACAGUUCUGAUCUCUAAAUCGGUACACCUGUUUCCGCCUUUUUAGCACAUCCAUUUUAUCGAUAUCAACCCACUAAUUAUUUUUACCGCACUAAUGGUUAUUGCACAAAAUGUUACAUUUUAUUGGACAAUGUCUGUACGGUUGGUUUCCGAAUAGUACUGAAUUCAAAAUACAGAACGAUUGAAUGAUUCCAUAAAAGUUGGUGAAUAGUUUUAUCCCAUCUUCAGACAUUUUAAAAUUUACUUUUCUUCUUUCCAACGAACACCCAUAAAAAACUAUGAUGAUACAAACUAACGGUUCGUCUAUAAACCUUCAUAAUACUGCACAUAUCUGAUAUUAUUUAAAAUCAACCGGUACUUGGGCAUUUUCCAGCAUUGCUCAUGGAAUUGCAGAGAUCAAUUUAAGUUAAACUUGUGGGUAGUGGCCCGGUAAAAUAAUAAUUUAAAUACUGCCUAAUUUGUACUUGAGUAGAUAACUCUGACAAGUGCUGUAAUAUUUUUUAUCGAUAAAACAAAACGGCGGUCGAUUUUUUUUUUGUAACUGCUGGUUGUUAAAAAGGUUAAAUGCAAAAGACAUCUUACAUUUUUACUUUUAAAUGUAAUUUUACAACAUAAAUUGAUCUCUGUGGUUUCCAAACAUCCUGUUUUGACAUUGAACCUAUCAAAGGGUAAAUGAUCACGACUCCGUACAAACUUACCUAAUCAAAGUUUAAACACAAGUUGAUCCGUUUACUCUCGCGAACAAUAGAUAAACAAUAGAGCCAACUUUCUAUUCAAGAUUAAAUGUGAUUACAUGCAAAAGUUAAUUAAACGCCGAUUAAAAUUCUGAUAUAAAAUAUCUAAUUUUGUCAUUUACUAAUACUUAGUCUGUGUUGUCAAUCGAAACGUUUAUUUAAGACUGAUUCUUUACUUAGCAAUUAUGAUUAACAUAAAAUAUAUAGAGUAUUUGAGUUCCGCUUCCAAUUUAUAUGCUAGAAAGGAUUAGCGGAAUAUCCCAACAGUAAUCUAUCAACAAUUAUUUGAAUAAAAUACCUAAUUAUUUAGGAGUACACGUAUGCUAUAAAUCUAUAACUAUUAUAAAAUGUAUUCGAUACAUAAAUAAUGUUAAAUUUGGCUCAAAUGAAAGGCUACUUCGGGUGAGCUAAAAAUGUAAUGUUUUCCAUCCAGUUUUUUGGACAUAUCACCUCUGAUCGGUUCUGUCAAAACGAAAUCUCGUCACAAUAAAUUAUUUGCUUUUGUUUGUUAAAAUGUGUAAUUUAUUAAUAAUUUAUUCGUAAUUUAUUGUCGUGUGUCGCCGACGCUAGUCAUCUAACUUUCGAUUAGGUUAGACUCUAAGUUUUCUCGCUUAUACGCGUGUUAAGUUAUAAGGAACUUUUUUAUAACUUACCCUCUUAAAAAUAGUGUUCUUUAAUUUUAUCCCCUCGGGAGCUCCAAAAACUAUUUCUUUCUCUAGUCACGACCCUCGACACUUUGCCGUGCGUCUGUAAUCCUAUAGGGAUAAUUCUGAACAUGAAAGUUGAUAAGUUUAUUGAAAUUCAAUAAACUAAACUAAUAAAUCUUCCAAUUCGACUGGCAAAUGUAAUUUCAAGAAGAAUGAUGAGAUUUGGUAAUGUGAGUCGAUUCAGCAAACUUUGCUCGACAUUUUUACUUGAUUUUUCAUGUUCAUUAUUACACACCCUACUUUCCCCAUAGCUUGUAACUUUCCUUCGCCGUGACUGUCUUAAUCGACCUUUCAAUAUGUAUAAUAAUAUAUGGAAAAUUAGAUUCCCUGUUAGCUAAUCGUUGUCGAAAUAAUACUGACUGUGUACCUCUUGUUUUAUUUAAAAAUAAUAAAAAGUAUAUUGUAAAGUAUAUUUUGCAGUUGGAAUUAAUGUUACAGUCAUUUGUCUUUGAGAUAAAAGGAGUUUCGGGUUUUGUUUUUCUUACGCGCCAUUUUGUAAUGUCAUUUGUCGCACAAUGUUUUUCGGGCGCUCCAAGUCUGCGAUAGCAAAAAAAUUGCUUAUCUUUUAAAAUAUUAAUACGAGCACAUUCUUUUUUAUUAAAAUAGCCUACGUGAGGUUUAAGCUUAAUCACCUAAACAGAUAUAACUUUUGAAUAUUUAAACAAAACUCGCUCAUAUUGUAGACGCCAUCUUGGCAAACUAUACUGCCAAAACAAUAAACGUCAAAUGACAUCACGAGAAUGGGGCACCGUAAAAAGUUAAGACAUUCAUCUUCCAUGUUUAAGUUAUUGUGUGAAUUUGUGCGUUUUUGUGUUUUCUUUUUAUCAGCCAUGCAUUUUUAUACAGGCUUUUAUUGGAAUUGAUACUUUUUAAUACGAAACAUUCCAUUGUCAGUUUUUUUUAAAAAAGAAGUUUGUUAAUUUGUUUAUUUAUCUGUGGAUUAACUAUGUGUGGGUUGAACAUUUAAAUCCCGUACGAUUUUCGGUACAUAUCGAUACCAUUUCGAUGUAUCGAUAUAUCGAUAUGAAUACUCAUACAUACCUACUUGUUAUUCAAGUCUUAGUUAAGGUAGAUCUUAAGAAUUGAUAAAAUAAUAUCUGAUGAUAAAUUUACUUGUAUGUUGUAUUAAAAUGAUGAACACGAAAUAAAGAAACUGGUUUGAAAA